GCCGCCCGGCGGGCUCAGUCCUCGGCGGGGCGCGCGGCGGGCGGACUCGGCUGCGGACAUGGCCCGGGGCCUGCGCGGCCUCCCGCGGCGCGGCCUCUGGCUGCUCCUGGCGAGCCACCUCUUCAUGGCCACCGCCUGCCAGAACGCCACCUUCAGCACCCUCCUCCACGAGCUCUGCCUCGCCCAGUUCCAGGUGGACAUGGAGGCCGUCGGGAGGCCGCUGUGGUGCGACUGGGGCAAGACCAUCGGGAGCUACGAAGAGCUCUCGGACUGCACCAGGCAUGUGGCACAAAAGCUGGACUGCUUCUGGCCAAACGCGGCGGUGGACACGUUCUUCCUCUCCGUCCACCGGCACUACUUCAGAAGCUGCCCCGUCUCAGGCAGGGCCUUGCAGGACCCGCCCAGCAGUGUCCUCUGCCCCUUCAUCGUGGUGCCCAUCCUGGUGACCCUGCUCGUGACGGCACUGGUGGUCUGGAGGAGCAGGCGCCCGGAGGGCAUCAUGUAGGCUGGGAGCGGGGAGGGCUGCCCGAUCACGGAGGCUGCCGGGCAGGCCAGAGGGUGGGCGCGGGGGCCGAGCCCGGCCAAGGCUUCUGGUACUCCAGCGGCAGAGCAGACCCCCGGUCCCCUCUUCUUCUACCCAAGAAGAGCUCA